UGUCUCCCCAAAGCGCCACCUAUACUAUUGUAAAGAUGGCGGCUCCGGCGAAAAGCUCGCCGAGGGACGCUCAAGUAAUGGCAGCAAUUUUGAAAGAUAUGGGCGUUUUAGACUACGAACCAAGGUUGAUUAAUCAAAUGCUUGAAUUUACCUACCGAUACAUCACUGACAUCCUGGAUGAUGCUAAAGUCUACUCAACUCAUGCCAACAAGAAGAACCUGGACACAGAUGAUGUCAAGCUAGCCAUUCAGUGCAAGAUGGAUCACUCUUUCACUACACCUCCACCAAGAGAUAUGCUGAUGGAGAUAGCACGACACAAGAACGGUCAGCAGCUGCCCCUCAUCAAGCCCUACUCCUUGCCACGCCUGCCACCAGACAGGUACUGUCUCAGUGCUCCCAACUACAGGCUGAGGACUCUCAAGAAGUCAAGAAUCCAGAUUGGGCUACCACAGUUUUCUUCCGGUUCUCCGAGAAUCAGCAUAGCUCCCAUGCAGUCAAAGGGCUCCAGUUCAUCUAGUCAUGGACUCACAGUGGUAUCAAAAGCUCAACCCACAGUGACAAUCAUCAGUAAACCUGCCACAGCCACAAUUCCUAAACCUACUAUUAGAGUCAACACAGGGAUGACCAAAGUCCUUCCCAACACCAGCGGUCAGAUCAUCACUACCCGACCAAUACCAACCAGCACUCUGUCCACUAUUGGUCAGCAGGGGGCAUUUGGAGGUCAGCCCAUGAUCCCUGGUAUCAACCCUCUCAAGAGGAAGCUGGAAGAUGAUGAUUAUGACAAGUGACGUGGAUGUUGAGGGGACAUCUGGAAGGGGAUGAUAGUGAGACUGACUAGUGAUGAGGUUGCUGAGACUGGAUUAGAUGUGGCUUCAUCAGGGGCUGGACUCCUGGAGGCAGUGUUCUCAAUGUUGCAGUGUCAAGUUAUCCUGCAGACACUGUUUGGUUAAGCUCAACUAAUCAAGACUACAGUAUAUUGAAUAUACAACUGUUGCCAAACACAUUAGGGUGGUACACAUCUUGAUACACGAUACAUAAGAAGGCGAAAAGGCAGUCUACUGGACAUCUUCUGCCAUUUUGGUAAGGGAUGCGCACAAGCUCCUUCCUCAGCAAAACUUUUCAGAUGCCAAUUUUUCUGCCUCAGUAAAUAACAAUGGGUUUGGGGAGCUUGAAUUAAAUGCUUUCGUAAGUAAAGGUAAUUUUUAUUUCCAAAGUUAAUACAAAAUACAUUGUUGGUUGUUUUUAAUUCAGCCCAUUGGAUAUCACUGAUGAGGUUGUAGCAUGUUCUAAUGAACUUCUAUUUUUUAGUACAUUUUCAAUGUUUAUGGAUUGCUUUGAGACUCUAGUUGGAAGUUUAAUCAUAAAGCUUACAAAUGCAAGCAGAGUCAUUUUUACGGCUUAUUUUAGCUUUAUGGCCCUAUUUUUCAAACAGGUGUGUCGUUUGUGGGUUUGUUAGUAGUAUCAAACAAACAUGGUGGAUAUGUGCCGGUAAAAUGCAUAUGUAUCCAUAUACUUAACAUUUGCCAUGUGAGGGAGACAUAUUCCACCCAAAGAAUGAGUUGAGCCUCAAACAACAUGUCAUCGUCCUGAGGCAAGGGAGUUAACUGACUUUUAAAGUCCAGUUUCUACCCUUGCCGAACUAGGCUGGAAUCAUUGUGACCGGCUGAAGUAACGAGUCUCUUCUAAAACAACAAACUAAAAAUAAAUAAUCCAUCACGUCCAGUACUAUGUAAAAACGAUUUUGGUCAAGCAAGCUUGGCUGAGAGUGAUCCAGAGUGUCUGAAAUUAAGUCACCAGCAUUGCUAUAAUGUCAACAAAUGUUUCGGGUACCUAGAUUCAAAUACAUCGAGAGCAAACCUCAAGGACCUCAGAACCCUGUAAUUUCGAACAUUGGUAAACUGUACUAGACAUCACAGAAUUUUUUUCUGAAUGGCCUGUUUGUCAUGUAGACUAUCAUAUCAGAAUUCACAAAAAAACGUAUUCGAUGUAAUAAGCGCCCACGGCGAUAUUUUGCUAAUAUAUUGACUAGUGAACAAUCCCAAUUAGCACCCCUUCCAAUUGAUCAAUGUAUAUAAGACUUAUUUAUUUGUGUAUA